AUGGACAAGAUAAGGGAUGCAGGGUUUCCUAUGAGCAUGCUGGCUGAGAAGGUCAUCUGCCCGCGCAACACGCUGGCCGCGAAGACGGCAGUAGGAAAUGACCCAGCACCCGUGUUCAUCGUGCAGGCUAACUUCAUCACUGGUGGUCUCCUGCUCGCCUUCGUUGGCCAGCAUAAUGUCAUGGACAUGACCGGACAGGGCCAGAUCAUCCGGCUCCUCUCCAAAGCCUGUCACAACGAACCGUUCACCGACGACAAGCUUGUGGUGGGCAAUCAGGACCGUCGCGACACCAUCCCUCUGCUUGACGAGCCAUUUGACCCGUCUGUCGAACUUGCUAGACAGCUUGCAAAGCCACCUGCGUCUAUUCCCAAUGCUGAGAGCACAUCUUCAGAGGCAGGAGCAAAGGUUCCAAUGAACCCUCAUACAGCCCCUACGAAAUGCUCGUGGGCGUGUUUCGUAUUUUCAUCGACAGCGCUUGCGGCGUUGAAGUCACUCGCUGUGAGCACCAUGACCGGAAACACGGGUUAUAUGUCGACAGACGAUGCACUGAGCGCCUUCAUCUGGCAAUCCAUCAUGCGAGCUCGGCUGCAUCGCUUAGAUCCCAAAGAAGAGGUCACGUUUGCACGCGCAGUCGACCCACAGCCCUUUCUAGGCAUUCCAAAGACAUAUUUGGGUGUGGUGCAGAACAUGACAUACCAUACAUACGUGCUGUAG